AUGACAACACCAUUGAAAAAUGCACAAACCAUUACAACUUCUACACGAGAUACAGCAUUAAGACAAGAACUUUCACAACUACGUAAAAUCAACACAAUACUAUCAUCAUUCUCAUCCACAAUAGAUAAAGUUCAUAAUGAUUUUAUAUUAUUUAAUAAUGGUACAUCAAAUGCAAUGAUAAUGAUGCAAAAAUGGAGUAAUAUAAUAUCACAAGCUAGUUUUACUCAAGAAAUGCUAAAUAAUACAGAUUGGGUACCUGAAGAUGAAGAAACCGAGGAGGAUACUGAAUUUUUUAAUGAUUUAAACGAUAAGAAUGAUGAUGAUGAAUUGGAAUUAUUAUCUAGAAAAUUAAUGAAUUAUGAGUCAGAAAAUUUAAUACUAAAUAAGAAAAUUGAAAAAGAAGUUGCUAAUAGAGAAGAAAAGAUACGAAGAAUUGAAGAAAUUGCGAAUAAGAGGAAAAAAGAAUUGGGUUUGAUGAGUGGUAGAAAUAAACAACAGAAAAAGUGGUAA